GCACAACUCUGCUCAACCUGGGACCAUUUCCAAUAUUAGUUCUUUGUAGAAGCUUCCUUUACCUUUGGCAAGUACCUAUCUGUAAAAGUCAAGGUUAUAUAUAAUAACAAAUUGAUUGUAUAAGAUAUCUACCUAUAUUUCUGCCCUCUUAACAAUCCAGAAUCAAAGAAAAAUUACAUUCGUCAUCACACCCCAAAGGAGCGCCACCAGUGCGAUACAUACCCCCUCGUUCAUAUACACAAACCCACACACACAUGCACAAUGGAUAGGCAAAACAGAGCCCUCUCCGUCCGCAAGGGCCAAUCCCCCUUCCCCCGCCCACCCGCGCCGCCGGCACCAUCAGCAGCCCAGCAGCCGCGCGCACCACCGACGCCGCCGCAGGACUACUCGGACGACGAGAACGCGGCCGCUCGCGGCCAGUACAGGAACAACUUCAACAAGUCGUCCUCCCGCUACGCCAGCGGCCGGCAGGAACCCGUCGCGUCCGCGUUUCCGAGCUACUACUUUUCAAGCGACGGCGCGGCCGCCCACACAACAAAAUCACGAUCCCAGCAACAGCAGCGCCCGCCCACGCCGCCCAGGGACGCACCGCAGACGCGCACCUCCCCCAGGAUGCCGCAGGGUCCGUUCCAGGGCACGAGGAGACGCCAGCCGAGCGAGCCCCAGCCGCAGAGCAGACCUCGUGCCGGCUCGCAAAGACAGCAGCAGCAACAGUACUAUUCCAGCGACGCAGACUACCAAAACGCAUCCUCCUCGCGCGUCCGCGACUACUCCAACGUCUCCAUCAACAUAGGCACGGGUGGAUUCGGCUUUGGAGGCUCUGGCGACCCGUCCAUCACCGUCAACGGACGCGACUGGCGGGACGAGGGAGGCCGCGGUCGGUACCGGGACGAGAGGGCCAACGGUGACAGGUAUUGGGAUGACGGCCGCGACGACGGCAGGCCGCGCAUCAACCACAUCCACACGCCCUUCAUCAGCACGCCGUUUGGGUUCGGUGGCGACAGGCCCCGGGCUGGGUUCUUGAACCUGGGCGGGUUUGGUAUCUUCUAAGGAAGGAGAAAGAAGAAAAAACAAAGAAAAGGUCGAGGCGCUGGGCCUACAGGGGUCACUCCUUCGCCUUGCUUGCUGUAAAACUUUUGUAAUCUAUUGUACCUGUCAAUUGUCAAUGAUGAAAACGAUGUAAUUUCUUUCCGCAAAUAUUAUAAAGUGCAGGGGCAGUAUAGCUUUGACUGGACCCGGUCCUUUCGUCUGUGGAUUGUCCAGGAUGACCAUUACCUAUGAUUG